GUGCUCUGUGCUGUCGUCUUCUGCUUGGGGUUAUACCUUGCACAGGGCUUAGAGGGCUCCCAAAUGUCAGACUCGCUGCUGAACCACUCCUGGCCGUCAUUUUCGAAGUGCUGGAAGAAGAGAUGGUCCUUUAAGCGAGGAUCCGAGGGCAAGCCAUGCUUACAGGAAUUCACUGACCGCAGCAUUGCUGCCUCGGAGUAUCGCAACCCCAAAAACUUCCUCCCACCCCUGAUUGCUGGGAAUGACUCCUUCUUCACUUGUAUGGCUGAAGAAAAGGAGGACUCAUCUUCCGUAGAGCUGGAUGUCCCUACGGCAGAUUUGCACAGCAGCACGGAGGAUCUCCUCUCAGAGUCUGCUCUCCAUGGCACGGAGUAUUACAGAGAUCUGGGAUUUCUGAGCCUGCCAGUUACCAGCACAGCACCAGAGACUGCAUCACAGCCAGAACAAGCACCCCAAGUUGUAUCUGCUUUUCGCUUAUUGGAAGAGAGACCAGGGAUUUUGAGCAAAAUGUCUGUGGAUGUUGCUUUUUCCAAUCCUGUCUCCUGCUCGGUACGUUAUGGGGAGGCCGACUGCCACUUUCUGAACAGAGACCGUGUUUCCUCCUGCACAGCAGUACCGCAAGAGGGAACUGGCACCUCUGAAUGUCCUGCAGAGCUGGGCAAAGUGCUGGAGCUGCAGGAGGCUGAGGAGACCUUCCCUACGCUUGUGAGAUCCAUGUCUACCUCACGGAGACACAGCUGGGAGAGCCCCACAUCGCCCCAGGACUGUAAGCGCAGGUUUAGCCUGGAUGCCACAGAGAUGGGCAGUGACCCAGAGCAUGAGGACAUGGCCUCUCGUGUGCCUUCAACUGCCCAGAGGGGAGCUGGAAGCCUGGAGCAGCAGUGGGGCGGCACGGUGAUCAAAGUGGAGAUAGAGCCGUUACGCCCGAGCCUCGCGGUUGGCCCCAGCUUUGAGGAGGUGGAAUGUGGCAGCAAUGGGAAGAGACUGAGGUCAAAGUCUGUCCCAUCAGCCUGUGACAAGGUUGCCUCCCCUCAGAUACCUUGCAGUUUCGACACUCCUCUUUCAGCUGUGGAAGGUGUUGAACCCCCUGCUCUGGAGAUGCUGGAGAAGGACCAUGUGUCCCCAGACCAAGUACUAAUUGUCCAGCAGGUACUUCAGGAGCUGAAACAGUAUCAUGGGGCGAAGCAGAGAGCAUGUGUGCAAGAAAGCAGCGAUGCUUCCCAGCAGAACCUCACGUGGUUUGAGUUCCUGUCUAAUGAAAAUGAGGACAGUGGAAAGACUGAUAAAGCAGAGAGAGGCACAAAGGUGAUGCGACGUCUGAGUUCCCUGCGGAGCCGAGUCACUGGAUCCUGGCAGAAGGAUAAGGGUAAGAACAAAGAGCAGACCAAAGAGAAAGAGAAGGAGAAAGAGCCAAAGGAGCCAAAAGAAAGGUGGAAAGAGAUCAAUGGGCACCAGCUUGUGCCAGGGGUUUUCUCCAGUUGCACCAGCUGCUCACUGUGUGCCAAACCUCUUGUGAAUAAAAGUGGUCUGCAGUGCCUGAAGUUUAUGCAACAGGACUUAGAUGAAUCCCAGGAAAGCCCUGACAGGAGGAGAGCUCUCCAAACAGGCUGUGCCGUGGAGGGGAGCCAAGGAUAUGUCAUGGAAUACAUAUGACAGAAGGAUUGCUUUCCUCCUAGUGACCUAAGCUUGAACACUGGAGUAGAGGAUUUCCAGUGCAGCACCAGUAAGCUAAUAUAAGGACACGUUUGGCUUACAUUAAUGAGGACUCGUCUCAUUUCCUAUCAUGACAUUUCUGCUGAUAGCCCACUCAGAGUCCAGAGAAAUCUAAAAAGCAGCAGACAACCUGAGACUUACAUUUCUGGAAAGAAACUCAACUGCCAAAAAGCUUCUAUUUUGGGGAAAGAGGUUUAGCUGCUGUAAUGUGAUGACAGUGAUAAAUGGACUGGGAGUUCCACUUGGAAUAAAUGAUUACUGACAGAAGUCCAAAUAAAACAGGCAAAAUCAGAGAGACUAUGGGCUAAUUCUGUUAUAAGCCAACAAAGCAGGAUGUAAAGCAACUGU